AUAUAUUUUGGGACUUAGCGUUUACAUUUCAUCACAUUCAAUAUGAGUAAUUUGAACAUAUAUCAGUCCAAUCUUUACCCGUUCACUGCCGAUGCCAUCGCUUCAUAUGCUGAAUACCGUGCUGAGAUGGAGAUUGAACGGAAGGAAAAUAUUCGGAAACUAGAUGGGAGUCCCUUGGUUAAACUUAAGACUUUGUCACCACAAGUUAGGAAGCGCGUGGAGGCUUUAAGAAACCUUCAGGGUCAAGCUUUACUUUCAGAGGAGAAGGCUGUACUUAAAGCUGGUAAUGAGAAGCUGCAUGAAUCGUUGUGCACGAAGGUGAAAAGGACAAUUCACCUUCUUGUUGGAAUUCCAUAGAAGAAACAAUAUGAACAGAAUCGUGUCAAAUAUCUUAGAACAUCCUAAAUGAAGAAGUUCCAAUAAAUUGGAAUGGAGGGAAUAGUAUUAUUAUUCAGUUUCCUUCGGAAAUUCUGUUGUUGCUUCUUUUUUAUUCUUCACUAGAGCUUUGUUUUGGCGCGGGCCUUUCCUUCUCAAUUCCUUUUUGGUACCGUAAAGUAGAUUUCAUUUAUAGAGUACCAAGAAGGCAUGCCAAAGCAGCAAAGGUACCAAACCAAUUAGCUUACAAAGUAUUGAUCUCUGUCAUCAUCACUACAGACAGGG